AUGAAGUUUUGUUCCACAAUCGCGCUUCUUGCCUUGAUAUCUGGCAGCUUUGCAUCACUAGGAGGAGGCUACUUCUCAAUUGAGACCGUCACAGGUGUUCAGUUAAAACUUUUUUUGAGUAAGCUGGAUAAAAUUAUUUACGCAGGUGAAGAAAUAUCGGCGUAUGUCAUAGAAAACGGACUUGUAAAAGCUUAUUUGACCAUGAAUGCGAAUGGAAGACUUGUGAUGGCUCAAGGAAGAGACAGAAACUUUUUGGUCGAUGUUUCUAAAGGUGAUCUAGAUGGGUAUUUGAGUCACAAAGAAAACGAAAUAUUUUGUCUCAGAAAAACUGAGGUUUUUGUUUCAGAUUCUGGUUGUCAAAAUGCACUUGAGGUCAAAAUAAGAUUUUGGAAAAUGUUCAGUUGAAGAUGUAAGAUCUUGGACCUCGUAAACGUACAUAUGUGAUGUAUACAUGCUUCAAAUGUUCAAAAUCAACGAUUUAAG